ACGUUAUUCUACGAGCAAAAUUUGAAAUGAAAUAAAGAAAUAAUAUUUGAUUGAGCUAAAAAAUUUGUGAAACGCCAUAAAAAUUGAAAUUAGUUGUUGAAGUUCACUUUAAAAACUUAAAAAUAGUAAGCGUUCUCACUGACUGUAUCGCCAAUGUUUAUGUGAUUUCAAUUGUUAUAUAUUCUAACAGAAUAUGAAUACAAAAUCAUUAGUUCGAAUAUCAACAGGUUUUUAAAGCAUGCGGAGAAGCAAAGUACGAAGUGUCAUAGAUCGACUAUCAUUUUUUUAUGACAAAUAAAAGUUAACAUUGUAUGAAUUUGUGAAAAGAAUUUUAAUUUCUGAUUUAACAUUGUAUGAAUUUGUGAAAAGAGUUUUUAUUUCUGAUUGCAAACUGAAAUUUAAAAAAUAUUUUUAACAAUGUCUCAUCGUCAUAGAGGUUCUGAGUCUCGACAUGGGUAUUCGUGGAGAAGUGAAAGAUCAGGAGGAUUCAGUCAAGACUCUCAUGGUUCAGAAAUGUCCUCUGGUCAUUCUUACAGAGGUAGUCGAGGUGGUCGAGGUGGUCGAGGUGGCCAUUCCCCAUGGUUGAAAGGAAAGGAAAUUGGCCUUUAUUAUAAAAAUAAGCAAGCAAAGAAAGAGAAAGCUGAAGAUAAAAAAAGAGAAACAUUGCCAAUCAAAUUAAAAUCCCAUACAGAAAGAAAAAUUAGAAAUUUGAUUGAAAUUCCAGAAAGACCAUUUAAUAAAAGCUUUAACAUUAAACAAGAGGAUGAACAAAAAUACUUUGAAUCUAGAUAUAAUCACAUUAAUGACUCCCAGUUUAAAAGAAAAUUUUUGAAUAUCAUUAAAGGAAAUUUACAAGACAAUCUAAAUAAAGCUCUAAUUUCAGCACCCAAAUUACGAAGGGAUGAGAACGUAGAUAUCAAAUUAUUAGAUGAAUUAAAUAGACAAAAAUCUACUAAUCAAUAUAGGAAAAUGCUUGAAUUUCGAAAAAAGCUACCAGCAUAUGAAAAGCAAAAAGAAAUCUUAGAUUUAAUUAAGCAUAAUCAAGUUAUACUUAUUAGUGGAGAAACAGGUUGUGGGAAAACAACACAAGUAGCUCAAUUCAUACUAGAUUAUGAAAUUGAAUGUGGUAGAGGUAGUACAACAUGCAUUGCUUGUACGCAGCCAAGGAGGUUAUCAGCAAUAUCAGUUGCUGAGAGAGUUGCAGCUGAAAGAGCUGAUCAUUUAGGCAGUUCAGUAGGAUUUCACAUUCGAUUAGAAAAAGUACCAGCUAGACCUUAUGGAAGUAUUUCAUUUUGUACCACUGGAAUGUUAUUACAAUUCAUGCAAAUGGAUCCAGCUCUUAGAAAUUAUUCACAUAUUAUUUUAGAUGAAAUUCACGAAAGAAGUACUCAGAGUGAUUUCAUAAUAACUUUAUUAAAACAAAUUAUUCCUAGGAGGCCUGAUUUAAAAGUUAUUUUGAUGAGUGCCACAUUAAAUUCUGAACAGUUUUCCAAAUACUAUGCCAAUUGUCCAACGAUUCAUAUACCUGGAUUUACUUAUCCUGUCGAAGAAUUUUAUUUAGAGGAUGUUAUUGCUUUAACGAAGUUUCAAUUUCCGGAAUCCGUAGCGCCAAGUCAAAAAAAGAAACAUUCAAAGAAACGUAGAGCCGCUAUAGAGAAAUUCAAUGAAUUUGAAGAGAUGAUUGGACCAUACGUGCGUCAUUUGGAAUAUUUGAAAAAUUAUCCAGAAUAUGUGUUACAGCAAAUAAAAAAUCCAAAGAGUGAAGAAUUAUCAUUAGAUCUCAUUUUAGAACUAACAAAGUAUAUUUGUUUAACAAAAAGUCCUGGGGCGAUAUUGAUUUUUUUACCUGGCUCGCAAGAUAUUUCAAAACUAAAUAGGAUGAUGAUAGACAGCCCCAGUUUUCCGUCAAAUAAAUCUGUUAUUUAUCCAUUACAUUCAAGAAUGCCGACUGCCGAUCAAAAAUAUAUUUUUAUAGUGCCACCGCCUGAUGUUCGUAAAAUAAUAAUUGCAACAACGAUCGCUGAAACUUCAAUCACGAUUGAAGAUGUUGUAUAUGUUAUCGAUUGUGGUAAAACAAAACUAUCAAACUUUGAUGUAGAAAAUAACAUGCAAACACUAGAUGCCGAAUGGGUGAGCGAGGCUAAUGCAAAACAACGCAAAGGACGAGCUGGCAGGGUACAGCCUGGAAUAUGUUACCAUUUAUAUACGAAAGCUCGUGGAAAUGCAUUCGAUCGUUAUCCAUUGCCAGAAAUGCUUAGAACUCGUUUAGAAGAAGUCAUCUUGCAAGUAAAAAUCUUACAAAUAGGAAAAGCAGCAGAAUUUUUGUCUACAGUUAUGGAUCCACCGAAUCCGAAAGCAAUAUCACUAUCUUUAGAUUUAUUGUUGCAAUUGAAUGCCCUCGACGAGACGGAAAAUUUGACCCCAUUAGGUUAUCAUUUGGCACAUUUACCUCUGGAUCCUCGAACAGGAAAGAUGAUUUUAUGGGCAGCCAUGUUUUCAUGCAUCGAGCCAAUUUUCGCGAUUGCGGCAAGUUUAUCAUUCAAAGACGCGUUUUACUGUCCUCUGGGCAAAGAGGAGGAAGCACGUCGGAAGAAAUUGGAGCUCGGCCUGAAUCAGUUCAGUGACCACAUAGCCUUGGCGGAAGCCUUGCAUCGCUUCGAGGAACUAAACUAUCGCGGUGGCGCAUACUACUUCUGCCGCGAGUAUUUUCUCUCCUAUAAUACGCUCAAAUUAUUGUCAGACAUGAAACAGCAGUUCGCUCGCUAUUUGUGUGAAAUGAAGUUUUUGCGCAACGACAAUCCGCGAGACGAUUCAGCCAACAGGAACUCGCAUAAUAAGUCGCUCAUUAAGGCGAUCGUCUGCGCUGGAUUGUAUCCAAAUGUAGCUAUCGUGAAGCGAGCUUCACCGAGAAGUGGUGUCAAAGCUAUAACCACAGAAAAAGAAUUGGUGAAAGUACACCCAGCAAGUAUCAAUGAAAAAGUAUAUUCCUUUCCUAGUCCGUAUUUAACUUAUUUUUUAAAAAGAAAAUCUACGGGUAUCUAUUUAUUCGACACGACGAGUGUUAGUCCCGUAGCCUUACUCUUUGCAUCUCCGACUAGCUUUUUAGAUGAUAAACGCGGCAAAAGUGUCAUUACUGUGGCUAAUAAUUUAUCUUUUGUAUGUGAGCAUGGUACCGCUCAAAUAAUCCAGAAGCUGCACAAACAACUGGAUAGUUUGUUGGAACAUAAAAUCACUCAUCCGGGAAUGAUAACUUGGAACGGGCAUGAAGGAAACAUCUUGAACGCUAUAAUUGAGCUAUUAUCGGAAGGCGACGAAAAUCUAGGCUUGGACUCGGGUCGCUACCACGACUGGGAAGAUUUCGAUGAGGACUGCCUAGAUUACGAUGACUAAUUAUCAUAUAUCGCUCAUCGCAUGUACACGUGUACACACACACACACACAUAAAUACAUACACGCACGCACGCACGCACGCACGCACGCACGUACGCACGCACACACACCCACACUCACGCAUAUGGGUGUGUGUGCGUGUGUGUGAUGUGCGUGUGUAUGUGUGUGAAUGACGAGUUGUUCUUUCACACAUGCUCUGCCUUGACGCUUACUGCUCGGUUUUUUUUCUCUUUCUUGUUCUUUAAAUGACUAUUAUUAGCAUAAUUGUGAAACGCAGUGUCGGACGAAGCUCUCUAACUGCUGUUACAAGUAAGGUUCUGUAUAUAUACUAGUGAAAAGAAAAAGCGGGUUUACAAAAUAAUAAAUUAUUG